GGAACCGGGAAGCACACACGCCUCCCCUCGCUCGGACGACGGCCUCGUCUUGGCGUUUGCUGCCUCGGCAUGUGCUGAUCUGUCGUGAGCCUUGGCGGAGACAAGCACAUGGAGCGACCGGCGGAGCCACUCUGGGUGAACAGUAGCUGCGCCAAUGGUUCCUUGCUGACCCUGACUUGCCUGUCUUGGCAGACAAUCUGUCAGGUCAUUGGGAAUGUCAGCCCAACAGUCUCACCUCAUGAAAAUCUUACUUUGGAUGCUGACUGGAUGGUGCAGAUAGAAAACAAAUAUGGUUUCUACAUUGGCCUGGCCCUGGCCAUCUUCUCCAGCUUUCUCAUUGGUAGCAGUGUCAUCCUCAAGAAGAAAGGACUACUGCGGUUAGUGGAGAAAGGAGGCACCCGGGCAGGGGAUGGAGGCCAUGGAUACCUAAAAGAUUGGUUGUGGUGGGCUGGUUUGCUCACCAUGGGUGGAGGAGAAGCUGCCAACUUUGCUGCAUAUGCCUUUGCACCUGCAACCAUUGUUACUCCUCUUGGAGCACUGAGUGUGCUCAUAAGUUCCAUUUUGUCUUCAUACCUGCUUGGAGAGAGGCUCAAUCUGUUGGGGAAACUAGGUUGCAUGCUGAGUAUUGUGGGCAGUACAGUUCUUGUGAUUCAUGCUCCUGAGGAAGAGGAAGUCACCACUCUGGACGAAAUGUCCUCUAAACUGAAAGAGCCAGGUUUCCUUGUUUAUGCAGGCAUUCUGUUGGUGAUCUGCCUAAUUCUGAUUUUCUUUGUGGCACCCCGUUAUGGCCAAACCAAUAUUCUCGUCUACCUCACCAUCUGUUCUGUGAUUGGGGCAUUCUCAGUAUCUUCAGUCAAAGGACUGGGUAUUGCCAUUAAGGGUUUUUUUGCUCACCGGCCUGUUUUGCAAAACCCACUGACCUGGAUCCUUGUCCUUACUUUAGUGGCUUCCAUCACUACCCAAAUCAACUACCUCAAUAAAGCUCUGGACAUUUUCAAUACCUCCAUGGUUUUCCCCAUCUACUAUGUGCUAUUUACCACCAUAGUCAUCACUACUUCAGUUAUUCUCUUUAAGGAAUGGGUCACCAUGUCUGUGACAGACAUUAUUGGGACAGUAUGUGGAUUCCUCACCAUUAUUUUAGGAGUAUUUUUACUUCAUGUUUUUAAAGAUGUGCAUCUCAAUUUGAGGACCCUACCACAACUACUUCAGAAUACUGACCAGGCUCAAGUAAUCAAGGAUGACAAAAAUAUUCUAAUAGAACUUGAUCAUUCUGGUACCCCAGUUGACAACAAACCCAAAGUAUUUAUGAUAUAUAGCUGAAACCCAAAAUAAUUAAUCCUCUUAACUUCAGAGAUGUGGUCUAGACUGCAAGAAUUUGCUUUAAAUUCAGUUUUUUGUAUCUUUUGGGAAAGAUGACCUCUUUGAACACAAAGAAUAAGUGCCUUCACUAUCUUUCUGCUUAAUGAUCCAUUUGUUCUUUUCGCUUUGGCAUUCUACUGCACAUUCUUGUCUCUGUAAAGAAUUGUCACUGAUGACUUUAUUAUGCAUGUUCAAAACCAGCAGACAGAUCUUUACUAAUACUUCGAAGAAAUUUGGUUUCUGGCCCAACAGCUGAAGCUGCUACUAUAGUCCUGUACAAGAUAUCUAAAAAUAUGCAGCCCAUAAAUUGCCACCUCAAGUGCAUAAGAGACGAAGUAGUUGAAGAAAUUAUGUUUUUCCGAGAUCAUCUAAACUCAAAAGUGUUCCUAACAGCAUGAAAAAAAAUGUUCUGCAGGCAGUAUCUGGACUGUAUUAGACCAAGGAGAUUAUUACAUUUUGAACUCCAUGAUGCCUCAACAACAGCUAUUAUGACCUCCACUGAAAGUGUUAUGAAAAGAUAUGCUACUUCUUUUACUAAAACUGUGUUAAAGACUAUGCUGCUGUGUCAGAGGUUAGCUUUAUUUUACCUCAUAUGAGGAAAAAUUCAGUCAUGAUGUGAUCCUUUGUUCUCUGAAGUAAUUCAGUCCCAGGAGGACUAGACCAUGCAUAUGUUUUCUUCCUGUAUAUAUUUUACAAGUUACUACCUUGCAUGUAACCACUUAUACAACCACAUAAGUCCUUUUGGGUUUCCAUCACUGUAAAUAGUAUUUGCUUACAUUUCUGGAGUUAGAACAUUAAUUGUGCCAUUUGACACUACUCUGAUUGAUACUGGAGCCUUAAUUUUCCAGUACCAAUGAAUAGCAAGAAGUUAAUUUUAACAUUAUCCUGAUUUCUGAUUUCUUGACUCACAAAGCCUGUGUGAUAACAACUUGUGGAAAAUAUAUUCAAAAGAUAUGUCGUAUCUCCAUAAAUACGUUUCUGAGGAGACAAAAUAUUCUCUGCAGUUGUUAGGACUGACAAGUAGAUUUUAUGCCUAACAAACUGGCACAGUGGUUUUGUAACUCAGCCCCAGGAAGAACUCAGAAAUCUGUUUGCCAAGUGGCAGCUUACUAUAUUGUACAGACAAGCAUCGGAAGAGAUGCAUGGCAGUGUUCUGCAGAGUAGAAAUUGAAGUGUAGAAAAAGCACAUUUGUGCUUUUCUGGUCAACAGCAAACACAUGGUGAAAUAUUUCUUGCUGCAUAUUCAGGUGCUAGUCAGCUAUUCCCAGUGUCCCAUGGUCAAGUGCCUACUGCCAUAAAAUACUGGUUAGAUUUCAUCCUUUGGGUGCCCCAGUGACAUCCUCCUUAUGAUGUACAGAAUAAUAUGAGUACAUGAGUUCCCCUGACUGUGAGAGCAGGAGUCAGCAUUUGAGGAACAUCACUCAGAACAUGGAUUCCUCCCAGGUGAUUCUGAGUUUGCUGUGUUACUUGGUGGCCUGGGAUUGAGGAGCAUUGCUGCAGCACCUUAAGACCUGUUCUCUGAAUAUUACCCAAGGGAUCUCAACAAAGUACCAAGAAAGCACUGGCAACCCUGUCUGGGGAUUAUGUUCUGCUUCAUUUAAAUGAGGUGGCUAACCCUUAAAUAUGCAAGACAGCCUGUCUUCAGCAGAGGAAUGGGAGCAGGGAGGGGAAAUAUACCUCCUAAAGUUUAAAAAAAACCCUUUAUUUUCUUUAGAUGCUUGUGAUAGUUCGAAUCCCAGAUAUGAUCAUAACCAUGUAAGCUGGGAUUAAAACUGUUUGAGCAUGUGGUGUUUAGAGUGUGAUGACAAACAAAUUACUGCUUAGCAUUUUUCCCAUGACUGCUUAUCAUUUUUCCUUUGUCAAUUAAAUAUUUCCUUAGCCAAGAAACUGACCAAGAUGACCAAGAAAUUAUAAAAAAUCAUGUAUUUUAACUGCACUGCUUGUGAGAAAUCAUAUCAGAUUGAUAAAGCUGCUUUACAAGUUGUACUUUUCACAACCAUGAGACCACUGAGCCAUGCAUGAGAUUUGCUUGAUUGUGAUUUCCAGAUUUUUGAAAACAUGGAGCUAUUUUUUUAAACCUUCUGCUUCCUGAAAGUCCCCAAAGCUGAUAGAACAUUCACAAACUAGCUGAUAUGCUGAAUUUUUGGAGCAACAUCAAACGAAAUAGUUUUGAACAAAGGACCCCUAGUUCACAGAGAAGAGGUUGUUCUGCUCCCAAGACACUGGCUGCUCACCCCAUCCCUGCAGUACAACUGCAGUGGCAGACAAGAAGUAGAGGCUUUUGAAAAUAACGGUGUCUCUGUUCAGUUCAGUUUUGCCACAAAGCUGCUCUGGAAAACAACUUCAGUAAAAGGAGAGGGGAAAGUGUUUUGUGAAGCCAAAACAGCUGGAUAUAACUGGGCUCUGCAGCCUUCUACCCGAUGCUGCUUUUGCAGCUGCUGUCCAAGUAGAACCCCUGCCAAGUGUGCCCAUCUUCUCAUGUUGCCAGCUUUUCAGAGGAUGAUAUUUUCCCUUCUUGUCCUUUUAUUUAUUUAUUUUUUACACAGAAAGCAACUUGUGGCACAUGUAGAUGGUCCUGGCUAUUGCUGCGUUUAAUGCCUUCAUUGGUGUAAAAUUGCUCGCCCUGUCCCAAUUUCUCUGUGUGUAACCUACUAACCGUCUACUCUGCCCUUACCUUUGAACAUCAUUUCCAGUGGAAAUGGAAACUUUCAUGUCUGUUAGCUAUUGAUUUUAUAAUUUAUGGUAUGUAUAUAUUGGCAUCAGUCAUGAGCAGUUUGCAUUUCUAAAUACUACUAAAUCAAGAUCCUUGGAGGCCCUGUGUUGGAAUAGAUGAUGCUAGAUACCCACUUAGGGAAGUUUCCAUCUGAUGAUGUAAUCAGGCAAGUCAUUUUCUUUGAGAUUGCUGGCAAGUGGGACUAACUCAUUGCUUUAUAUCACUAAUAUGAUUUUGAGGCAUUGCAGCUGCCUACAGAAUUACUCUGGUUGUGUUUCCCAUUAGCCAAUGUACAGUGCUUGCUUUGGUACACAGGAGCAAGAGAAGCAACUAAAAUUGAUGUCAACAAAAGAGGAUGUUCACACACAGCUUUGCCCUGUGUGAAAGUUAUAGAACUGUGUUUUAAUCUCUGCUUCAGGUUAUCAAUGCAAAGAUAUGUUUUUUGUCAAAAGGUUAAGGCUGGAGCUCUAUGAAAAUGUAAAAUAUAUGUGAAUUCUACACGGUGGUAGUAGCAAUUGAGACUUUUACUUUGCAAUACAAAUUGGGGGAGGCUGAAGUUGCACUGGAAGCAGUGGAGGGGUUGUGCCUGAGCCACCAGCACUGCACAAAGUGGCAUGGACAUGGGUGCAGAGGGAUUUAUUUUGGCAGCAGGGCAUUAGGCGCCAGGCCACAGACAUUUCCCCCUACACUGUUGCUUCUGCACCACAGGAGGUUGCAACAGCAUGGAGGGGACAUCCCCAGGGGAUCCCAAAGGACUUUCAGACUGGGAAUAUCCCCCUUCAGCUGCACAAAGGAUGGCAUAAGUCAUAUCCCAUUAUGGGCUGUCCCGGGAGAGAAAGGAGUUUCUCUUUUCUCCCCUUGGAAAGUCCAUAGGUUGUCAGAACAUGUGUUUAGAUGGCAAAAUCUAGAUGACAGGUGGACACUCCCUCCAGCAGGUGCCGUGUGCAUAA